CCGUACGGUCGCGUCCAGUUUCCGCGUCCGGUCCGUUGAAUCACGUGCGUCCAUGACGAAGGGUGAGAUAGAAUAAGGAACAGACGAUGUCGGCAUUAUUGUCCCUCGAGCGUGUCACUACGGGAUCAUCAUCGAAUCGUCCUCGAGAUGUGUGAAAGUCCACCAGGAUUACCGCUGCAGCUGGAUCCAUGAUUGUGGCAAAAUGGUGGAUCGGCAAAAAGCCCUUUUAAUGGUGUUACUGGCGCUUCUGAUCUAUCCAAACGAUAUCUUUGGCGGUGCUUUUCAACCCGAAUUCUCCGGCCCUAUCACCAAUCUAACCGUGCCACUCGGGAGGGACGCCACUUUUACGUGUCUGGUGAAACAUCUAGGCGGUUACAGGGUUGGUUGGGUGAAGGCGGACACGAAGGCGAUCCAGGCGAUACACGACCACGUGAUCACGCACAACCAGAGGGUAUCCGUAUCUCACAGCGAUCACACCAUGUGGAAUCUUCACAUCAAGGGCGUGCAGAAAGAAGACGGCGGUCUCUACAUGUGUCAGAUCAACACGGAUCCCAUGAAGAGUCAGACAGGUAUGCUGUCGAUUGUUGAACCACCUGACUUCGAUUCUGAAGCUACAUCGAGCGACGUGAUGGUAGGCGAGGGCAAUCAGGUGAAGUUAACGUGCCGGGCGAGAGGCGUACCAGAGCCGCGCGUAUCCUGGCGCCGAGAAGACGGCAGGAACAUUAUAAUUCGGGAGCCAUUUGCAGGAAGCGCCCCGAACCAGAAAUCUCACGUGUCUUCCGUGCUCGAGUUUCACGGCGAGGAGCUGAAGCUGACGAAGAUCACGAGAAACGAGAUGGGGGUUUAUCUGUGCAUCGCCAGCAACGGGGUACCGCCCGCGGUCAGCAAACGUAUUUACAUCAACGUUCAUUUUCCGCCAAUGAUUCACGUGCCCAAUCAGCUGGUCGGGGCGCCCUUGGGGACCGACGUGGAUCUAGAAUGUUUCGUCGAGGCGUCUCCGAUGUCGAUUAACUACUGGGUCAAGGACCCCAAAGGUGCAAUGAUAAUAUCCAGCGUCAGAUACGACGUUCAGGCAGUGCCCAAGUCGCCGUUCGAGGUCCGAAUGAUUCUCACCAUCCGGAACAUGCAGAAACACGACGUGGGAACGUACCGGUGCGCGGCUAAAAAUUCCCUCGGCGAGUUCGAGAGCAGUAUUCGAUUAUACGAGAUCUCCGGGCCGGCAAAGACACAGACGGUGUCGUAUCCGCAUUUCUAUGACGAGGAGGAUGAGGCGGUGUAUGGUUCGGCGGAGAUGGACAAGGCGGAGAACAAGGCGCUGGCGGUGGACAACACGAUCCACGGUCACAUGGGCCCGUCGCUCGUCACGCCGUCCUCCACGAUCCGCAACGGCAAGAAACGACCGGCGAUUAACGCCAGCUCGAGCGCUGAUCCAUAUCCGCGACGGCUGUCUAUUGCCCUGUCACCGCUGGUGUCGCUCGUGAUUGUCUGCCGAAGAUGCUGGUGGUGGUGAUGAUGAGAAGAGCGGGAAAGAGCCGAGGAAUUCUAAAGAAUCGGAUCGACGCAUACGCUGUCAGCGCCCCCGCGAUCGCGUGUCGCAACUUCGGCGACGACGUAAUUCGUAUUCGAGGAGUGCGGUGUUACGCGAUCGACACUCGAAGUUGUUUCCGUUGCAAAUUCCGGCGAGCGCAAAAAAUAACAGAACGCGACCCACAGCACGAUUCAUCAUUGCAGCUGGGCUGUCAAAUUUUCGAGAACGAGUCACCUCGAUUUCAAACGAUCAAUGAAAAAAAAUCACAUCGCGUAGUGCAUUUCACACCCGACUUUCCGCUUAAGGCAAAGGUCCGCGAGUUUCAAUCUUCAUUGGUUAUUCAACAGCUCGCUCGAUUUUAACGCAGAUAAAACAACUUCGAAUGGGCUUAAGUCGCCGCCGUCGCCGCCGCCGCCACCAAUCACGGCGUAUCGUCUUCCCCGAGUGGCUUAUUCGUAAUUCGUAGACCUAAUCAAUGGAUCGGAAGCACGCAGAAGGGAUGAAUCAGGCGGGACAGGAGGCAUGCGUCGCAGGACAUGUCUCGAUCGUUGACGGUUGCACCGAGGAAUAUCGACCGGUGAGUGCUGAAUUAAUUCUAUCGAGAAUCAAAUUUCGGUUCUAUUUUUGAUACUAUAAACAAUGCGCCCUAGAUUUUCUUCGCUUCUAUGCAAAAUUGAGCUACGUAGUUGAUUAAUAAAUUGCCAAUUUUACGUGAAAUUGAUUUCUUCAGUCUCUAGAAACAGUGAAUUAUGUAGAAUGCAUUAUCGAAUCAAAUCGUCAGCGACCGAUUAAGAUGCGCUCUGCGAACAGGCGACGCUUAGAUAAAUCGUGAUCGAUGUUACAACGAGAAGAAAAGAGAAUUGAUAAACGGGGCAAGGGGUGGGGAAGCAGACAACGGAGCGGUGGAGAUUGAAGGGCAGUGACAGACGGACAGUGACAGAGGAGAAAGAGACAUAUCUCCAAGUGACGAUAGUCCUCGGCAAUAUUCGCGCGGAUCGAAGAAUCAGGUGCAUAACUCCUCAGUUUCGGCGGCAAUAAAUCUGCGUGAUGUGUAUAUAUGUACGUGUAUCAUAUACGAGCACGCUCGCACGUGUAUAUGUGUGCACACUGACACGUCAGGGUAACUAACACGUUUGUGCCAUUCCCCUCCUCCCCUUCUCUCCGUCACCUUCGCUGCGCUCUGCAAUCGCGUGCGAGCGGUGUAACGUUCCGUAGAUAGCCCUUACGAUUACCGCCGGUGUAAUAGAAUAUGUAUCGCGAUUAAAGUUAUCGACAGCUUUAAAUGAGUUCGACCCGGAAGUAGGAAAGGCGCCACGUCGUCCUGCUUUGACGGACGCUCUCGAUCGCGGACCGAUCGAUCGCGGGCGAGCGGUCCCGAAAGUUGUUCACCACGCGCGGCCUCGAUCACGGACGUGCGAUCGUACCUCUUCCGCAAAAGUUUCCUCUUUUUUUCCCCCUUUUUCCCAAGAUGACUGUUCACUCGGGAGUUUUUAUAACGCUCUCGCCAGUUCUUUACAGCGAAACUCUCAACGUGGAAUUAAGUGUGACUUUUGAGAAACGUUUAUAUCGGAGCCUUACCUUCCGAACGCGACUCCUGAUAUCAAAACGCCGCGGCGGCAGCAGCGGAGUGAAGAGAUCGUUUUCGAUGACCGUUCACUUGAGAGUUUAGCUUUCGAGAAUGACCCUCGAUAUUAGAACUUUCCGGUUAAAAUAAAAUUGAACGAUAUUCGACGGAUAUUUACUUCAGACCGUUAUCCAAUAACAGCGACUAUCAAAUCUAAAGCCCUCGAUUGAUCUCGAGCUUAAAAGCAACGCUGAAUAAGUAUAUGCACUUGGCAAUUGUGUUUUCUAAAAGAAAAAAAAAAGAAUGUUCAUAUGACAGUAAUAUAAUUUAUAAGACACAUUAAAACGUGAUUAAAAGAUUUACAUUUUUGACUAUUGAUUAAUACUCUAUAAAUAAAGUGAACACAAGUGAAAUAGUUUACAGUAAUUGUCAAUCAGCUUAAUGGCAAGACAAUAAAUUCAAUAACUUGUGUCCGUCAAACUGAUGUAAUGGAUAUGAUACAUAAUAAUGCAAAUGACACUUUUGCGACUUGCGCCGAUUGCUCGUGCACUUACAUUUUUAAAAGACUGCGGAUCUCUGUGUAAAUAUGACGUUGAAUUGAUUUUACUUGAAAUCGGUAUAAUGCUGCCAUAAAAUGAUCGAUAAAAAUAUAAGAAAUUACAAGUUAACAUUUCAUAAGAGUAUAAAUGUUACGUAUGAAUCACAACUUGUAAUUACUUAGGAGCAAUGCAAUCAAAAUGUAACACAAGUGGCGAAGAAAAAUUUCGUCGAUCGCACGUUCCAAGAUCAGGUACCGAUUUUCGAUUACGCAUUUCCUAUGCGAGCGAAACAACAAAUAAGUGUUCGAUAGAUCAGCGGCGAUCCCUUUCUGACGCGAAUUGCUUCGAGCAAGCGUGCAGAAUGCAUGUGUGUGAAAGGAAGUGUGCGAGAGAAAAACAGAAAGUAAGAGAGAAGAGAGAGCGAGAAAAAGCGCGCGUGUGUGUGUGUGUGUGUGUGAGAGAGAGAGAGAGAGAAAGCGAUACUAAUAAUAUUUUUAUAUUUCCAUCAUAUAGCGUGCUUACGUUCCAUGUCGAUAAAUUUUUUAAUUACGGUCAAAGCUUUAGCCAGCCACUCCAAUUAUUGCUAUCUCUUGAUAUUCGGUUUCUACAGUAAUUUGCCUAAUUACACUUGAUGCUGCAACAGCGAACGUCGUGAUCUAAUGGCGUGUCAAAAUUGGCCGUUCUGGUUCCGCCUGCGGAUCUCCAUCCCCCAUGUUUUCGGAUGGCGGCCCCGCAAAGUGGAUCUAGCACGACCGCGGAAGGAUAAUAAAAUCGAUCGCAUCGGUUGUCACGCACCGCUCGCUCCAGAACAGUGUUGUAUUCACUUGCUAAAUAAAUCGGGCGUUCCCGCGGGUACUCGAUUUUGGAGUUUUAUGGCGAUUGAAAUUGCGUCUCGUUACGCUCCGCGGUUCGUUUUCGCAAACUCGCCGACAGCUCCCUCGCAGGAGCAUCGUACGCGCCCAAUCUCCGGUGGAAAACCAUUUUUGUCCCCGAGCUGCCCGAUCGGUUUGUUCGCCUGUGAUCGCUUCAGCCACACUUAAUUACUCCUAAAAUAUCGAGUAAACUUUUUUUUAACAUGAAAAGCGCGGGGGAAAGUUAAUCCUUUCACUAUCCUAUCGAAUUUCAAAGUGAAAACUGCAACAAAGUUUCCGCGCUGCAGUAGAUCGUACACAGUUUCGAACUAACGACGAUGUUGGAGGAACGUUUCAACGGCGAAAUUAUUACAAAGUAUCCGUGCAAACAUUACUCCGAAAUGUAUAAUAAAAUACGUGUGCCGAGUAAUAUUUUAGGAAAACCAUUAUCUUAUCGUUAUGCAUUCGCUAAAUUAUUGCAUCUGAAAUUUGUCGUUUGCAACGUUUUUCUCGGGAGCUCUUCAAUUAACUAAUGGCCCGCCGCGGCGGUCGAUAAAAUAUGCGACGUGCCAUAUUCGUCAUUGCAACGUACGUCGAAAUGGACAGUUGCGGAAAAAAAGCCCCGUUUGCGGAGCGUCCUCAAGCGUCCUCACGAGAG